CGAAUACCCACAUCCACCGGGAUUCAUACCAGUAUAUCAGGUCUUGAUCCAAGACGACCAAAGAGUCAGUAGCUGUUUGCAGUACGCAGAUAGCUUCCAAAUCGAAAUCUUCAGCGCCCAAAAUGCGCCCAGCAUUAGAACUCGGCUCCGAGAUACGCCGCCGCUUACACAUUCGCAAGUCGCGGUCAAAAACAAGAGAUCAGGUCGCAGCCCAACAGUCUACAUAUACAACAGCACCCUCAGUAUACAGCGAAGGAGAUAUCGAGCUUCAUGCUCAAAUUACCGAAUUAGAGCUUCUCCAACAGCGACAUCGCCACAUGCAAACCGAGCUCGACGGCUACAAGCAGCGUGUCCGUGAGCUCGAAGAGCUAUGUCGAGAUUUGCAGGUCACAUAUCUGAUGAACUCCUUGGACAAUAAUAACGAGUCGCGGGGGAGAUUGGAGAGCCCGUGUAGUCGGUGUGACAGAAGGAAGAGGCAGAAGUCGGCGGAUAGUCGACAGUGACGUUAGUGGGCAGGGAAUGGGUUUUGAAAUGAUGUUUUAGCGAAGUACUUGAUGAUUAGCUAUGGCGUUGGGGAGGGUAUAAUGAAGUUUUCCUGUUACAUGUUGAUCUUGCUUUGAGGAC